AUGGCGUCCUCGUCGUCCUCGUCGGCGGCGCCGCGGCCCAAGUCCCGCACGCGUCUCUUUCUCUCCUCGCUGCCCGCCAACAUCUCCGAGGCCGCCCUCGCCGCGCUCGCCACGCCCUUUGGCCCCGUCGCCGACCUGCACCUCGCCGUGCACGGGCCCGGCCCGCUCAAGGGCCGCCCGCGCGGCUAUGCCUUUGUCGAGUACCGCCGCGCUGAGGAUGCCGACGUGGCGCGGCGCCGGCUCGACGGGCGCACGCUGGCGGGGCGCACGCUGGCCGCCGCGUUUGCCGACGAGCGGCUCGACGACGCCUCUUCGGCGCGCCGUGCGCGGACCGUGCCGUCCAAGGCGCCCACCACGCUGAGCCUCGUCAAGAACGCCUCGCGGCCGCAGAGCACGGAUGCCAAGAUCGAGGCCAUGGAGGCGAAGCUCGCGGCUAUGCGCGCGCGCAGCUCUUCGACAGGCGCCGUCGCUCCAGCAGCAUCAUCUGCGGCGCCGUCGACGAUCGUCUCGGCGUCGGCUGCCGCCCAGGCGCAGCUGCCGCGGCGGCCGCCUCCAGGCGCCUCGAAGCGGCCCUGAUCGCCUCGUCUCCUGCUAUACCCCACCCCGCAAUGAUACCCGUGACCGCC